AUGCUGGGCUUCGGUCUGGGCCUGGCCAGCAUCGCCUUCUGGAUGGUGGCACAAAUACCCCAGCUCGUGGCCAACUAUCGGCGCCAGCGGGCCGAUGCGCUGAGUCCCUGGUUCCUGGCGGAGUGGUUGCUGGGCGACACCUUCAACCUCCUGGGCUGCCUGCUCAAGGGCGACCAGCUGCCCACCGUGGUGUUCACCGCGCAGUACUUCAUCUGCAUGGAUGCCAUCCUGCUCAUGCAGUACAUGUACUUCCGCGCGCUGCAGCACCGGCGGGAGCGCACCUUUGCGCACCGCGCCCGGCGCCGCCACCACUGGCGGGACGAGGGCGAGGGCCUGGUGGGCAUCCCGGGGUCAAACCGCACGCGCCGCGCGCGCGCCGCCGGGGCGGCCGCCGCGGCCGGCGGCCUGACGCUCGCUGGGGUGGUGGCCUGCGCGCCGGGCACCGCGGUACGCCCCGCGGUACGCCCGGGCGGCGCCGCGGCGCGGCGUCUGCUGGGCGGCGGCAGCCUGGCGGCCAGCCGCCCGGGCUCGACGCUCCGGCUGGCCACCUUCUUGGCCCAGCGCCUGCCCCUCUGGGCGCGGGACCUGGGCGUGGCGCUGGGCUACGGCUCCUGCGUCCUCUACCUGCUCAGCCGCGUGAGCCAGCUGUACCGCAACGCGGUGCGGCGCAGUGCAGAGGGCCUGGCCCUCUCCAUGUUCUUCGUCGCGGUGGGCGCCAACCUGACCUACGGCGCCUCCAUCCUCGUCCGUGCCCACGACUGGCCGGAGGUGCGCGGUGCGCUGCCCUGGCUCAUCGGCAGCCUGGGCACAGUGGCACUGGACGUCGCCAUCCUCCUCCAGGCGCUGGCGUUCAGGGACGGGAAGCCUGCAGCGCACGCAGCGCCCCCGCGGCAAUCACCCGCGCAGGCAGCAGACGGCCUUCACGAGCCCCUACUGAGCGUGCCGGAGAACGGACCGGUGCACUACCAAACGCAAUGA